AUGCACAUCAAAGGCGCGAAUCCAAUCAUUGAGAAGCUCCCAGACGGAUACCGCCUGUUCGAGCUGCCCCGUCUUAACACCCCUCGCGUUGAUUCUUAUCUAUUCGGGCAUCCGAGUGGGAAACCUUACAACUCGAGUGUUACCUUUUUCCCCCAUUUUCUCGCCAUCGUCGAGGGAACACUCGACAGCUGCCAGUGCAAGCUGUUGGCGCGCGAGUCGCUUCGCUGUCAGGAUCAUAUUCCUGCGUCCGAGCCUCCCGCGAUGGCUACUUCUUCGUCCUCGGCCCCGAAGGGAAAGCAGAAGGGUGGACUUGCCGAGGCGAGUAAGAUGGUUGGCUCUGGUCUUGGUGAUGCGUCGGAGGAUAAUGAUAAUGACUAUUACGACGAUGAAAAUGACUUGACCGAUGAGGAGUCUGGUGAUCUUCCGGAGCUGCCUCCUUCGGCUGGCCAUGAUGUUGCGACUGAGAGCGACAACAUGGAUGAUCUUGCAUAG